UAUGAUCUAAUGUGGGUGUCAGCUGGCUGUGCUCAUUGAGUGAAACCUUCGUUUUAACGGUACUAUGGAGUAGAAGCUGGAGGUUUUCAACCUAGUGACAGUCACAGAGCAGCACUACCCCUCCUCCUUUCCACACCUGCAAACUCUUUUGCUUGGGCUGAAUAUUUAGUGUAAUUACAUCUCAGCUCUGAGGGCUCCCGUGGCAAAUACCCGGAUUAAAAGGUUCCCAGGUUGUAAAAGUACAUGAGACAAUCAUGAAGGCAACUCUCAUCUUCCUCCUUCUGGCGCAAGUCUCUUGGGCUGGACCAUUUGAACAGAGAGGCUUAUUCGACUUCAUGCUAGAAGAUGAAGCUUCUGGGGUAGGCCCUGAAGACUCUGGUUUUCCUCCUGAUCUACCGCACCUGGAGCCCCUGGGACCUGUGUGCCCCUUCCGCUGCCAAUGCCAUCUUCGAGUGGUCCAGUGUUCUGAUUUGGGUUUGGAUAAAGUGCCCAAGGACCUUCCACCUGACACAACAUUGCUAGACCUACAAAACAACAAAAUAACUGAGAUCAAAGAUGGGGACUUCAAAAACCUGAAGAACCUGCAUACCUUGAUUCUUGUCAACAACAAGAUCAACAAGAUCAGCUCUGGGGCAUUUACACCUCUAGUAAAAUUGGAAAGGCUUUAUCUGUCUAAGAACCAACUGAAGGAACUGCCUGAAAAAAUGCCCAAAACCCUUCAGGAGCUCCGUGCCCAUGAGAAUGAGAUCAGCAAAGUGCGGAAAACCGUGUUCAAUGGACUGAACCAGAUGAUUGUCAUAGAACUGGGCACCAACCCACUGAAAAGUUCUGGCAUUGAAAGCGGAGCCUUCCAGGGAAUGAAGAGACUUUCAUACAUCCGAAUUGCAGACACCAACAUCACUGCUAUUCCUCAAGGUCUCCCUCCUUCUCUCACUGAAUUGCAUCUGGAUGGAAACAAAAUCACCAAAGUUGAUGCAUCCAGCCUGAAAGGACUGACUAAUUUGGCUAAGUUGGGGUUGAGUUUCAACAGUAUCUCUGCCAUAGACAAUGGUACUCUGGCCAACACUCCUCAUCUGAGGGAACUCCACUUGGACAACAACAAACUCAUCAGAGUGCCUGGUGGGCUGGCGGAGCAUAAGUACAUCCAGGUUGUCUACCUUCACAACAACAACAUCUCCGCAGUUGGGUCAAAUGACUUCUGCCCACCUGGCUACAACACCAAAAAGGCUUCUUAUUCUGGAGUGAGCCUUUUCAGCAACCCUGUCCAGUACUGGGAGAUCCAGCCAUCCACCUUCAGAUGUGUCUAUGUGCGUUCUGCCAUUCAACUAGGAAACUACAAGUAACUCCCAGACAGCCUCAUUCUUAUAAUCUGGAAGAAAACAACCCAAAAUUCCAGUCUCUCAAUGUCAUUACUAAAAGGGGGUGGAGGGGAGAAAGCAAGAUUCUGGAAAUUCAAGAGUAUUGUGGAUUCCUUUUCCACAUGACCUAUUAUGCAUCGAGCCAAAUAUUCAGAUUGAUUAACUGCCUACAAUAAAAAUAUUUUGCCUGCAA